UGGGUAUUAACAUAACACAUGUCCACUAUUCUUUCAUCCUAACACCUAUAUAUACUUUCCUUUCUCCAUCCUACCUUCUCAUCAACACAAUCUCUUUCCACCUUGUAUUCCUUUGCAUUUAUAUAAACAAACACCGGUCUACGCAAAAAAAUAUGAACAACCAACAAAGCGCAGGUUUCCAAGCCGGCCAGGCCAAAGGCCAAGCCGAGGAGAAAGGUAGCCAAUUAAUGGACCAAGCUAGCAAUGCAGCCCAGUCUGCCAAAGAAUCAGUUCAACAGGCUGGUCAGCAAAUGCAGGAAAAGGCACAACAAGCAACUGAGGCAGUGAAGGAUGCAACUGGAAUGAACAAAUGAAUGAAAGAUGUUCACUUCAUUAAGCAUCAUGGCCUUCUCUUGAAUUAGGAUCCCAUUUAUUUUCUAUUACCUUGUUUUUUUUUUCUUUUUAUGUUUGGCACUAUUUUAGUUGCUAUUUUUUUUUUCGUUUUUUUUUUUGUUUUAUAAUUGUUAAACGGUUAAAGAAUCUCGAUGUAUCGAGUUAUUAACGUUUAUUAAUAAAACGACAAAGUAAUUCAAGAGUG